AAAAAGCCCAUGCCCCCGCUCUACAGUUUGAAAGACCUAGAUUGACACCUGCUGACAGAAAUAAAGCCCAAAAGUACAGACAACCCUGACAGGGGAGGGAAAGUAUAUCGCCUGUACCCUUUCCAAAGAUCUCCUCGAGCUGCUUUCUCAGUUUCUCUAUCUACUCACGUUACCAUAGCUGGAGGAAAAAAAAAAUGGCCCUUUUAAGUUCACUUUCUCUCUCUAAACACCUCCUCAUGCUGGUUCUCCUUAUGGAGGAGAAUGAAGUCCACUGCAAGAAUUCCCAACCGUGUGAUCUCUCAAGCCAUGACUACAUGUCCCUAACAAGCCUCAACCUUCAUGGCUCAUUGAGUUUCAAUGAAACCCUAAGGGCUAGUAAAGAUUUUGGGGGUUUUAGAGUGAGAAAACCAGGUGCAGUGGUGGAACCAGGCUCUGUUCAGGACAUAGUGGAUGUCAUAAAGGUGGGUUUGAGUUCUGUUUCAGGGUUAACAGUGGCUGCAAGGGGCAAUGGUCACUGCACCAAUGGUCAGGCUCAAGCUCAUAGAGGGGUAGUUUUGGAAAUGAGGGGGAUUAAGGGUAUAGAGGUUUCUCUCUCUAGAGACAAUCCCUAUGUUGAGGCAGGGGCUGGAGAGCUGUGGAUUGAUGUGCUUAAGGCCACUCUUAAACUUGGAUUUGCACCUGUUUCUUGGACUGAUUAUCUUUCUCUCUCUAUAGGGGGGACCCUCUCACAAGCUGGGAUUAGUGGGCAGGCCUUUAGGCAUGGGCCUCAGAUUAGUACUGUUUUGCAAAUGGAGAUUGUCACAGGAAAAGGAGAAGUAAUUACUUGCUCUCAUACUGAGGAGGAAGACCUCUUCUAUGGAGCUUUGGGGGGUUUAGGUCAAUUUGGAAUAAUCACUAAAGCUAGAAUUGCUAUACAACCAGCUCCACAAAGGACACGAUGGAUAAGGGCCAUAUACGAGGAGUUUGAGGAGUUCAAGGGCGAUCAAGAGAUGCUUAUAUCCAUGCCAUCAUCAUCACAUCAUGUAUUCGAUUAUAUCGAGGGUUUUGUUGCGUGCAUAGGCGAUGACCCCAUAGACGGAUGGGACACCAUCCCCCCAAAUACCAUGAUCACGCACCAUACAUAUGAUCAUCAUCAUGCCGCAUGGAACAGCUCAUCAUCAUCCACCGUUCGUUACUGUUUGGAGCUGGCCAUCAACUACAACACCGCAGACUCAACCCAUGAUAUCGACAAAAAGAUGAAGGCAAUGGUGGGUUCACUAAGAUUCAGUGGAGGUGUGGUGUAUAGUGUGGAUGUGAGCUAUUUGGACUUCUUGAGUAGGGUGAGUUAUUCUGAGGCUAGGGCACGUGCGAUUGGCACGUGGGAUGCUCCUCAUCCUUGGCUCAACAUCUUGGUGCCUGUUUCAAGGAUUGCUGAUUUCGACCGCACGAUCUUCAAAGAAACAGUGCGACUUGGCGUGGGUGGGCCUAUUCUCGUUUAUCCAUUGAACUCCAAUAAGUGGAGUGACAGGGCUUCAGCAGUUGUGCCAGAUGAAGAGGUUUUCUAUCUUGUGGCAUUCCUCAGAUUCUCUCUCCCUUUUCCUUUAGGCUUCUCGGUUGAAGCAAUGCAUGCGCAAAACCAGCAAAUAAUGGAGUUUUGCAAACAAAAUGGUAUAGGAAUGAAGCAAUAUCUUCCUUAUUAUAGCAAGCAAAGCGAGUGGGAGGAUCAUUUUGGGAAUAAGUGGGAGGAAUAUAGGGCAAGGAAAAUGAGAUACGACCCAAUGGCCAUUCUAGCACCAGGCCAAAAUAUUUUCCCAAGGAUCAUCUCAAGAAGAGAGGAAAAAUAGUAGCAAUAAGUUUCUUAUAUACCUUUGAUGCUAUGGCUUUUAAUGCAUCCCAAUUCUUUGGUGCUGCAAGUUUCUUUCUCUUCCUCUCUCAUCUCAAAUGUAUAAACAUAGAGAGAAUAUUUUUUUUUAUACCCUUUAAUGCUUCAGCUUUUUAAAUAUCCGUUACACCCUAGUCACCAUAUUGUAGUUUUUAUUCCGAUCACUAAUACCACCACCCCACUAACACCUUCAAAAAGCUAACUCACUCCUAUUCUACUUGAAAAAAUGGAUAGGGCCCUCUACCCUACCAAAUUACCUAAAAUAACCCCACUAACACCCUACCCAAAAUAACCCCACUAACACCUUACCCAAAACAAUCUCACUAACAACUUCAAAAAGCUAACUUCUAUUUUACUUAAUAAAACCGAUAGGGACCUAUCUACCCCCAUUGAAUUACCCAAAACAAAAACAUUGCAUGAAAAAACGGAUAGGGGCCUUUCUACCCCAAUGAAUUACCCAAAACAAAAACCCUGCAUUGGAGCUUCCCACACAGCCAACCUCUUUAUCACCCUUUACUUUUCUCUUCAUAUU